UUGUAUCAUCAUUGUUGUAUUAUUUAUCAAUUUUGAUCACACUUUUCCGUUCAACUGUUGACUCUUUUGCUUCCAAAUCUGCCUGAUGUUUAUAAUUUGAAUUGAAAAGUUUAAUCAAUCGGAUUGCUUGAAGUUGUGUAUAACAAAAAAAAGAUGAUUCCAAUCACAAGAAUUUGCUUUUAUUUUUGUAUUCAUUUUGUUAUUAUUAAUUCAAUUUGUGCUGAUCGUUGGGAUCGAAAUCAAAACAGCCACAGAAACCAUCAAAACAAUCAUAAUAAUGAUCGCAACAACAAUGACCGCAACAAUCCUCAUGAUAAUCAAAGGGAAAAUCAGUUUAAACCUUCAAACAAUCGCGAUUCCAAUCGAAAUGUUAGAGGUGGAAUUGCUGAAGAUAUGAAACAUCCAUUAUCUAAAGAUGAUUUUGAUCGAGCGAAACAAUUAGAUGAUCGAUUAUUCGCAAUUGACGAUAAAAUUCUCUAUUCUAGCAAAUUAUUUGAAGGUGAUAUUGCUGAUGAUCUUUUAGCCAAUGCAACGACGGAAAAAAAUGCCAUACGAAAUCCUGGUUCUCAUUGGCCUAAUGGCAGAGUUCCUUAUGUCAUAUCUAAAGAUUUCAAUGGUGAGGAGAGAUCGGUGAUUGCUCGAGCCAUUGAUGAAUACCAUUCCAAAACAUGUGUCCGAUUUGAACCAUAUGAUGGUUCAGAGCCCAAUUAUAUUCAUCUAGUCCGUGGUUCUGGUUGUUCAUCAAGAGUUGGAAUGACUGGUGGUCAACAGCAAGUCACUUUGGGCCAAGGUUGUGUCACUGUUGGUAUUGUUGAACAUGAGUUGAUGCACGCUUUGGGUUUUGUACAUGAACAAAGUAGAACAGACAGAGAUCGUUAUAUUCGGGUUAAUUAUCAAAAUAUUAGAAGAGGAUUGGAGACAAAUUUCCGUAAAUAUUCAGUAGAAGAGAUAACAACUCUGAAUGAACCAUAUGAUUAUGGAAGUGUACUUCAUUAUGGCCCCACAGCAUUUACUAAUGGAAAUGGGCCGACAAUUGAACCGCUUGAAAGAGGAACAGAUAUUGGUCAAAGAGUUGGCUUCAGUCGAAUUGAUUUGGAAAAGAUCAAUAAACUUUACAGAUGUAAUGGAAAGCAAGGUUUUGAUUCAACUGAUCGAUAUCGACCCGAGUCACAAUUUGGAAAUCGACCGAACAGAGAACGACCAGGAAUUGAUUCUUUAGUUAGACCUGACUCAGGAUCUGUGAAUAAACAAGAAAGACCUGGAUUUGGAUCCGGCUACAGACCAGGAAAUGGUUUCAUUUCAAGCACUUAUAGACCUUCAAUCAUUGAUGGACUUCUUGGUGGUUUCACUUCAACCCAUCGUCCUUCAUCAGGUUACAGACCUUCAAAUAGACCUGAUAUAGAUGGUGAUUACAGGCCAGGUCAUGGUCAUGGUCAUCGUCCGAUAACAUCAAGACCAACAGAUAUAAUAGGAACAAAUGGCUUCAGACCAUCAACCAUUGAUCCUGAUUCUGAAUCUUAUGAAAUUGGCUCUGGUGGUGGAUCAAGAUUUUCAACUCAUCGUCCAUCAGGUUUUGGCCAUUCAACAACAUAUCGUCCAUAUAAAGAAACUGAAAAUGAAUAUACACAUCGACCAAGCUAUACAUCUACUUAUCGACCUUAUGGACAGUCUCGGCCAGAUUAUGGCAAUUUUGGUAAUAACAGGCCAAGCUCUGGAUAUGAAACAACCUCAGCAAACCGACCAUUUGGUGGAGGUAACAUUGGUGGAGGCAACAUUGGAAACAUUGGUUCUGGUAUAUCAUCCAUUUUUGGUGGUCGUUUUCCAGGUAGCUCAAUAAUUGACACAAUCAGACCUGGUGGUAACAAUAACAAUGGUAAUAGAGGUUCAUCUCUUAUAUCAGCCUUUCUCCGACCCAGACCUUCAUUGAUCGGUCUUUUAGGUCAAGAUGAACCCAACACUCAAACAGCAAAACCUUUAAAUCAAAACUGAUGGGAAAUACAUAAAGAAAGUGUCAGAUAGAUUGAAUCGAAACUCAAAACGAGACUAAAAAUCUUCAGCAUUUAGAAAAAAAAUUAAACCAGAUUAAAUAUCAUAGGUAGACCAAAAAUAAAUUAACAGAAUAAUAGAUUGAUUGAAUUAAAAGAAAUGAAAAAUACAAGUUUUAUGAAAUACAACAAGCGUAACAUUGCAUCAUGAAAAAUGAAAAAAUCGUGCACUACUUUUUUCACACUAAAGAUGGCGCUACCUUCUAUGAUUGAAACUAACAUUUAGUAAGUUUCAUUUUUAAUCAACUUGCAAAAUAAAUUUAAUUUUUGUUUUUUAA